AUGGUCACACAAGGAAAAUGGCAACACUCUAUUGAUUUGCAGGAUGCUCAUUUGACUCUCGCCAAGUUAUGCAUAGUCUAUCUUCUUCUCGAUGAUUUCCGGAGAGACUAUCGAUCUCGGCGCGAGGACUCAAAGGCGGAGCAUGGUUUUUUGCUUUACUCUGCAAACUAUUGGGUUUCCCACACUCAACAGGCUGGCCUCAUUGAGCUUGAUUGGGUCGAAAAGAUUGCCAAGCUUUGUGAGAUCAAUGAUGGUUCAGUUUCGUUUUGGCUCGGAUAUCAUUCUGAUAGACUGUCCUGGGAGAAGGGCAUACACGAACAACAGCCGCCUUUAUUCUGGGCAGCGCAAUGGGGUUUGGUACAGAUCGUGGCAUUUUUCCUGGACAAUCAUGAAAUGAAAAUUACUGAGGACGUUAUCAAGACUGCGGUUAGCAAUCACGAAAAUGGGAAAGCCAUUUUGGAACUUCUGCUCGGACAAAAGGGGGCGGGGUUUCAGAUCACAGACGGAGUCCUUCAAGCAGCCGCAGCUAACCGGGGAGAUGCAUCGCAUAUGAUGAAGAGCCUCCUUGCACGAGAAUCGCCUAACAAAAUUACGAAGGAAGUGAUUCGAACUGCAAUAAGGAACGCACGGUGUGGCCAGGAGGUCUUGAAGAUCCUUCUUGGCUAUCCAGAGGCGAAUACUGAGAUCACCGAUAAGAUCAUCAUGGCAGUCGCAUAUAAUCAGGAAAAUGGCAUACAUAUGCUCGAGAUGUUACUUGAUAGAUCGAGUAUCAAGAUCACUGAUGACGGACUCAAGGCGGCUGCGUCAAGUGGGCAUGCCGGGAAAAUUAUGAUGAAGCUUCUGCUUGAGAAGCGAAGCCCCGAUAUACAAUUGAUCCAUGAGCUAUUCAAGAUAGCCAUGGAAAACUCUGGAAGUGGAGAUGGUGUGAUAAAAGUUCUUCUUGACCAUCGAGGAGCGGAUAUCUUUGUCACCUCCGAAAUGAUUCAAGCCAUCGUGACAAAUGAGCAAAACGGAGCAGCUACGCUCAAGGUUCUCCUUGACGAAAGAGGAGCCAGUGUCAAAAUUACCGACGAAGUGGUGAAUAUGGCAUUGGAAAAUCGAUGUAAUGGAGUUCUCCUGAUCAAGCUUCUGCUCAAGUACAGAGGACCAGGUAUUAUCAAGGAUGAUAUGAUUCAUGCUAUCGCUGCAAGUGACCGAAGCGAAGUCGCUAUGAUCAACCUGCUUCUUGAACAGAGGCAGGACUUCAAGAUCACUGACGACUUGAUCUCAGAGGCCUUGAGAAAUGAGCGAUGCGGAGGCGCUGUUGUGAAGGUCCUCCUUGCGAAAAGAGGAGCACCUCUCCAUAUCGACGAUCAGAUAAUUCAAGCGGUCUCCGCAAAUGAGCUAGCUCGGUGUGAUCUGAUCGACAUUCUGCUCCAGCAAGGAGACGUGAUAAUCAAGUGUACUGAGAACAUUAUAAGAAUGGCCGUGGAAGAUGAAGCCAUUCAAUAUGCAGUGGAGAGACUACUUUUCGAAAGUGGAACAGAAUUGAGCUUCAGGGUAACUGAUGAAAUGCUGGAAAUGGCCAUGCCAAUUCCAACUUUGCAAGCAGAGCUGCGGGUGGCUCGAAUGGAGCAGGACAUGAAACGAUACGUUGAAUCUCGUGGCGGUUUGCCUGCGGUGGGUAUGGGAAGUAUGAGAAUUCCACGUGCUGGUCAACCUGCACACCCUGCACACCCUGAAAAUCCUCGAUAUUUUGAACUGUUUGGCGGUUUUGCCGGGUUUGGAGCUUUCGAGGAUUCUGAACGGUUUGAAUGGUUUGAAGGUUCUGACGGUUCUGAAGGUUUCGAGGAUUUCGAGGAUUCUGAAGAUGCUGAAGAAACCUGA